AUCCUCCUGUUGACUUUCUUUUUUCUCUCCUUAACAUGCCCUUUAAGGAGAGAACUGGUUUGUCCCUGAGGAUCAUCAUCAGCCAAUCACAUUAAUGCUCAGCACGUUUUUCAUUUUAUAUCAACGAUCGUACCCAGUGUGCAAGACCCGUCAAUAACAGUCGUAAUAUAACGUUCGAGGCCGGCUGAAAUUUGAAUGUUAACAUUGAUUUCUAUAAUAGUCUCUUGUUUUUUAUUAAUAUUAAUUAAUAAAAGACAAGCCUCCAGGUUUUGCUCAUCUUUCGAUAAAAUUGAUCGGUUUGGUUGCGGUCGCGGUUUUCUGUUUGCAUUCUUAUUUAAGAGCUGUGCCCGGAAUUCGGCUAUGGCAGCUGCGACAUGUCGCCCUGCCUCGCCUUUAAACUCUAGCAAAAAGAACUUGGCAAUCAAGCUGCCGGAAAAAGAUCAUCUGAAAAGGCAGCAAAGCUCUGACAUGUCGAAAAUGCUUGGUUCAAGCCCCAGAGGGUGGAGUCCGGGUGGUUCUCCCACAAUGUCAGAGCUUCGGAAUAAGAUUCUGACUUUUAGAGAUAAACUGGACUUGCCUCCUUGCAAUGUCUCGGCUUCUGUACUCCAGCUGGUGAUAGUGUCUGUAAAUGAUUUGCAUAAGCUGUAUCCUGACGUUGUAGCGAAAAAUUCAAUGUCAGAAACAAAAGGAACUUCAAUGAAUCAGGCACUGAAUGCGUUCUGUGAUGCAAUGAGAGCCGUUGGAGAUAUGUGGACUAAUAGUAACAAAUGGAUCGAAUCCACAAAAUAUAGUCUUGUCAAUGCUGAUUUGGAGCAACUAGCUUUAUCAAUGCUUGAUGAUAUGAUUAAACUGGUGAAAGAGAAGAUGUCCACUAUGAUGGAUGAAGACGAAGAUGAGGACAUGAAGCGUUGCAUUCCUUUAGGCAAUGGAACUGAGAACUCUUCUUCGGAGUCCUCUACAGACAGGAAAACCCCGCAAUCUGAGUCUCCACUUACCCCAACUUCAGUCCUUCCGCCACUGAGGCCUGCGUACUCUGUGCCUCUCCUGCCUGUCAGACUUCAGUCGAUUGGAAAACUGAACCCCAUUGAUUUGAAGCGUCUUGCUUUUCACUUUCCUCAAGAAGCAUCCCAAGAUUUUCACCCCUUAAAUGAUAUGUAUAAGACAGUCGAGGAAGCCAAAGCUGAGUCAGAAGCCAAGAGGCACAUUGAAGAAGCAACAGACACCAAGGAGCUAGACAGUGGCUUAAUUAUCCAAGAAACUUCAGUUAAAAGGAACUCAAGCUUAAAUCAACGUUCCAGCCCAAAAAGGACAGCUAAAAGCAACCUCAGCAUCCAACCAACCGCGAGUCCAAAAGCAGCUAAAAUGUCCUCAACUGUCCACCCACUAGAAAGUCCAAAAGGCUCCCCUAUCAGGGAAAAAAACUCAGCUAGCACUCGCUCAAGUGUUGAACCAAUGUCAAGCGUAGAGAGGUCAUGUCUCAGAUCAAAUUCAUGUUCAGGAUGCUCAACUAAAACGUUAUCGAUUGAAGAGCAAUUACCAGCACAUAAACACUCAAACAAGCCAUCAAAUUCAGCAACAAAGGCUAAAAAGUCUCAGUCAUUAUUAUCAAUACUAGUACCACCAGCACCGCCAUCAGUAGCAAGCAAGGAAGUAAUAAAUUCGCCAACAGUAAGCACACCAGUACUUCCUCCACCUCCACCACCAACACCCACAAUAGAAAGUAUCGUCCUCAAACUGCCAUCAUCCAAGACACCAAAAAAUGUAGCAAUAUCUCAACCACCUCCACAGAGUAUUGCAGUGCCUCCACCCCCAUCAAUGCCCAUGACAAAAGGAAACAUGACAGCUCCACCGCCGCCUCCACCUCCAUUAUCAUCAAAUGGAUCAGCACCACCACCACCACCCAUGUCACUGGCCAAUAGAGGUGCCCCUCCACCUCCUCCUGGAGGUGGUAAAUUUCCACGGCCCAUGAAAGGCAAUAGUAAACUCAGACGAUCAUCCCAGAUAGGUAAUCUGUAUCGACAGCUCAAGGGGAAGGUGGAAGGAUCCAGCUUAGAUGGCAAAUCAUCACAGGGGAGAAAAGGUAAUACGGGGUCAGGGGCUUCUGGUGGAAAUCAGGGAUUAAGCAUGGCUGAUGCACUGGCAGAGAUGACAAAGAGAUCAUCAUACUUUCAGCAGAUUGAAGAAGAUGUUAAAAAUCAUGCCGAGGCAAUCAAGGAGGUGAAAAGAAAUCUCAGCUCUUUCCAGGCAACUGACAUGAAAGAGCUAAUUAAGUUCCACAGAGACAUAGAGUCACAUCUUGAGAAAUUAACAGAUGAAUCGCAGGUACUAGCGCGGUUUGAAGAUUUUCCAACAAAAAAGUUGGAAGCAGUGAGGAUGGCUGCAGCAUUAUACUCCAAGCUGGAAGGGAUAGUUAAUACUUUACAGAACUGGAAAAUUGUGUCUCCGUUGAACCAGCUCCUUGACAAGGUUGAGAACUACUUCUCUAAGAUCAAAGGAGAGCUGGACACAUUGGAAAGAACCAAAGAUGAAGAAUCCAAGAAAUUCCAAAGUCACAAGAUAGUAUUUGAUUUCGGAAUCCUUGUACGUAUCAAGGAACUAAUGGUGGAUGUUUCUGCAAACUGCAUGGAACUAGCACUUAAGGAGAGAAGAGAAGCAAAAGCAAAACAGCUCGAAGUAAGCUCACCAAGAGGUGAUGGGAAAAAGAUGGUAUCUGCGAAGAUGCUGUGGAGGGCCUUUCAGUUUGCAUUUCGUGUUUAUACGUUUGCUGGGGGACACGAUGAACGUGCUGACAAGCUUACAAGAGAGUUGGCACAUGAAAUCGAAACUGAUCCUCAGUAAUAGUACUAUAUAAAUUUAUGUGUCUUAGUGUAAAACCAAAUAUGAAACGAAUCACUCAGCAUCAUUUCGAAACUGAGCCAUUCAAUAUCAUUUAGAUUAUUUUU